AUGUCAAGUAUCGACAAGGUCGCUUUCGUCGGUAGGGUUGCUGCCACAUCGGGGCUGAUUGAUAUCUUUCCAGUCCAGCUGCCGGAUAAGAGGAGCGGAAACCGGGCGGCACUUGGCAUCAUUCGUCUCCUCUUUUUGUUCAUCCCCGCCACUGUCACCUAUACCCCUGCUCCACGUCAGCCCAAUCGUUGGUCACCUCGGUGGGUGCUAGGCUUUCCUGUUGCAAACGCCGAGCCCGAUCUUGGUGCAUAUACGCCUGCUUUUGCCGGAGCGACCCAACCUGCUGGUGGUGUUGGUUGA